AUGGCUAUUAAGCUUGACAUGGCUAAGGCGUACGACCGCGUGGAAUGGGUGUUCCUUUUAUCCAUGAUGGCGAAAUUGGGGUUCACGCCUUUAUUUUGCAACUGGAUCAAGGAGUGUAUUUCUACUGCCUCUUUCAACAUCCUAGUUAAUGGAAACUCGACUGGUGUGGAGGAGGCGAGAGGCAUCAUGGAGGUGUUACGGACAUAUGCCCGUGGCUCUGGCCAAUCUGUCGAUUUUGGUCACUCUAAAAAAGUUGUAUUUGAAGAGGUACGGGACAAGCUUGAAUCUCGGCUGGCGGGUUGGGCUGAGCAAUUUCUAUCUCAAGCGGGGAAGGAAGUCCUCGUCAAGGCAGUGGCAAUGGCGUUGCCAAACUAUGCCAUGAGUUAUUUUAAGUUACCCAUUGGGGUAUGUAGAGAUCUUGAGAAAGCUAUCCGGAAUUUCUGGUGGAGAGGGAGCGAGCAGCGUAAGGGAGUCCACUGGAUUUCUUGGGAGCGGUUAAUGAAGCAAAAACAGUUCAGCGGCUUGGGUUUUAGAGAUAUCCAAUGUUUUAACCUGGCUUUCCUUGCCAAGAUUGGGUGGCGGCUGAUCCAAAAUCCGAUGUCGCUGCUUGCUACUGUUUUGAAGGAAAAAUACUAUCCAGGAAAAAGCUUUACUAUGGUGGGUAAGGGUAGGAACACGUCUUGGGGAUGGAAGGGUAUCUUUGAAGCCCGUAAGGUGCUCUUGCAAGGCUUGCGGUGGAGGGUAGGACACGGGGCCUGUAUCAACAUCAGGGAAGACCUUUGGUUUCCUAGGCCCUCUACCUUCAAAGUUAAGCCACUGGUGAACUUGCAAGCUACUUUGGUGAGUGAUUUAAUUGAUUCGGGGUCCAACUCCUGGAGGGUUGAUUUGAUUUCGGCAAGCUUUCAUCGAGAUGAUGUGGCCCCGAUCCUAAGUAUUCCCUUAAGCAGGACUGGGUGCUGUGACAGGAUGGUGUGGCAUCACAAUGCGAAUGGGGAUUAUUCGGUUCGAUCGGGGUACGGGGUGGCUAUAAACCUUAUGGAAAAUGGAGCUUUGGGGAGGAAAGGUCGUGGUUCUGCUAGCGAAAAACCAAAAAAUUGCCAUGCUUGGAACUUGAUCUGGAAUUUGAAGUUGAAUUCCUUUGACCUGGUAGGCGCUGACUUCCUAACUAGUUGGGAGAUGUUCUGGUCUCGGGUCAAGGGGAGGGAUAAUGCGGAGGAGAUUAUGCAGGAGUUUACCUUUGACUACGCUCCUUCGCAUGGGGUGGGCUGGGUCUGCUGUGACUUUGCGGGGCUUCUUCACGAAGCGGGUGGCUCGGGUUCUGAGAUGUGUCACUCUGCGGCUGCUGGGGAAGCUUGUGCAAUUAGGAUCGCUCUCUUGGCUUGUAUUGAUUACGGGUUUGAUAAUGUUGUUAUUGAAUCUGAUGCCAAAGUUAUUAUUCAGAUGCUUAGGAAUGAACUGCUUAAUGAUUUCAGUCUUGAAUGUAUUCUUGGUGAUAUUGAGGUUCUAGCGCGUAGGAUGAUGUCUGUUUCGUUCUCUUUCGUGCCUAGGGAGAGCAAUCUUGCUGCUCACUCGGUUGCUAAGUUUGUUUUCAAGGAGGGUCAUGAUUUUGGGUAG